GGGAUGGGAUCAAGCUUGGGCCCAGCCCAACACAGGGACACAUAUCACCUGAGGAACUGACCCUGAAACCAGGGAGAGCAGAGAUCGGCUUCAGGCAAUGGCCACUUCGGUGGGGACAUUCCCAGCUGCUCUGUUGACUCCAACACCUGCUUUCCAGCUGACAGCAAAUACCACCAGCGAAGGUGAGGAGAAUUGCGUCUUCAAUGAGGAGUUUAAAUUCAUCUUGCUGCCCGUGUCCUAUGGGUUUGUCUUUGUGGUGGGGCUGCUGCUCAAUUCCUGGGCCUUGUGGAUGUUCAUCUGUAAGAUGAGGCCCUGGAACGCCACCACCACCUACAUGUUCAAUCUGGCUGUCUCAGACACUCUGUACGUGCUUUCUCUCCCCACCCUGGUCUAUUACUAUGCUGACCGCAACAACUGGCCCUUUGGGGAGGGACUCUGCAAGAUUGUGCGCUUCCUCUUCUAUGCCAACCUAUACUGUAGCAUACUCUUCCUCACCUGCAUCAGCGUGCACCGCUACGUGGGGAUCUGCCACCCCAUUCAAUCACUCGGGUGGGUGAAGACCAAGCAUGCCCGCCUCAUCUGCGUGGGUGCGUGGUUCAUUGUCACCAUCUGCCUCAUACCCAACCUGAUCUUUGUCACCAUCAGCACCAGCGGCAACAACACUCUUUGCCAUGACACCACCAAGCCCGAAGAGUUUGACCACUAUGUGCACUACAGCUCUUCAAUCAUGGCCCUCCUCUUUGGCAUCCCCUUUCUGGUGAUCGUCGUGUGCUACAGUCUGAUGGCUAAGAGGCUUUGGAAACCCAGCCCAUCCAGCUCCAACCAGAGCAUCCCCUUCUACAAGAAACGCUCUAUCAAGAUUAUCAUCAUUGUAAUCACAGUCUUUGCCAUCUGCUUCCUACCCUUCCACAUCACACGGACACUGUACUAUACUGCCAGGCUCUUCCAAGCCAACUGCAGGACCCUCAACAUUGUCAACUUCACCUACAAGAUCACACGGCCUCUGGCCAGCAUCAACAGCUGCAUAGACCCCAUCCUGUACUUCCUGGCUGGGGAUAAGUACAGGGGAAGGCUGCGUCGGGCUGCGCUCAAAAUGCCCAAAUCUGAGAACCCAUCUACUCUAGCCCUUGUCUCACAACUCAAGAAGAAUGGCUUCUCCACCUCCCGAGGUGCCAGCUACUCCAUCAAUGAUGCCUGAGAAAAGGGGGUGAAACUGACAGACAAUGGAUGCAGCAAGGGGUAUUGAAAGAGCUAGAGCCUGGGGAGCCAGUAUGCAUCUAGGCCAGAAUGUGGGACCAGCAUUAGGGAAGCCAGUAGAGUUGCUGGGUUAGUCUCACUCCAGAACGGAGGUCUUCUCCAUCUCCUCCUAAUCUCUGUGAAUUAUUUCCCCACUGUGCUGUGUCUGCUUCUCACACAAACAUUCUGGCACCAGGUUUAACCUCUGAAUGCUUUUGAACUAGGUGGUUUACAUUCCCACUCUCCGAGCAUGCUCCACCCCCUCACACAGACCAAACAUCCAUCUCAGAGCCAGGGAUAUUCCCUGUCUUGUCACAGCAUGGGAGAACUGCCCAGAGUAAUGCCAAUGGGAGUGCAGAGAGAAGAGACCCCUACGUCCCAUAAGGAAAUGGAGGAGGCCAGAGGGAUUGUCUUAUGAAGAGUACGAGAGACUCACAGGUAGCGAAUUCCCUGCUUCAGACGCAAGUGGACAAGGCAGCCAGGGCAGGCAAGGAAGCACUUUCAGGGCACUGGUUCUAGCAAUGCAGAAGAGAGACUGGGGCUGGCUCUGGCAGGAUGCAGGUGAUGGGGUAGGGAUGCACACAGAGUUAAAGCCUGCGGAGUGGCCAUGGAAUUGUGUGUGUAUUGUACAUGCUGUUACAUGUCUCGGUCCCUUUGUGUAUGGGAGGGCAUGACUCACCCUUUAACUAACAGAGAAGGCACCACAGCACCUUUGCUCCCAACUCUCCUAGCUCCAGGUGGUUGGAGGGUGGGCAGAGCCCCCAGGACAAUGAAGCCCAUGAAAGCAACUAAUUGAUCCAUGAAUAAAAUGUUUUCCUGAGCAAUUUUCCUAAGGCCCAGGACUGUUUCCCUCCCUAUUGCCACCAGGAAAUCAAUAAACAGGAGAGAACUGGCAUGCAUGAGAAUCUUUUAAAUGCCUCAUUGAAGGUCCAUUUGGCGCAGCCAGGCUGUGACGUGUCCAUUGCUGAAAGCUGAGAAAGGAUGGAAUGCCAGGUGACAUGUCUGCCCGGGCUCAGUGGCUUGGCACAUUUCCUUCGGGCUUCAGGAGAGUUCAGAGCCAGUUUCACCCCUCAGGACUCUUGGAAAUGGCCAGAGUGAGUUUUCCAUUGCAGUCAGAGUGGGGAAAUAACUGAGGGCACACCUGCUACCUCCUGAUAGG